CAUUUGAUUAUUAUUUAACGUGACCAUUUAAAAUGUGACUGAUAACCAACGCUCAUCGCCCAUAUGAAGGGCAAUUUCUUCAGUAUUAACAGUGUUUGCUCUUAUUUAAAACCUAGACGUCAGUCCUCUUGUUGCCACGGUAACGGAACACACGACGUCUUUAACUCACCUAAAGGCGCAGGAUAUUCACUGAAUUAAUCCGGUGACGCGAUUAAAGUCGAACGUUUUUAUGACUUUCAUCGUGUAUAUAUUGCCUCUCAGGAGCUGACUUAGGAAAGGACUAAUUUGAGCAGACAACUGAGAUGGAGAGGACUGAUGGUUUUGGAGAGUACACGUUUCCAACAGGCACAAAAUACGAGGGCGAGAUGAAAGACGGAAUGUUUCAUGGGAAAGGGGUGCUCUUCUUUCCCAAUGGAAACAAAUAUGAAGCCAUUUGGGAAAAUGGCAUUGCCAAACAGGGAUCCUUCACAUACAAGGAUGGACUUCAGUACCAGAGCAAAGACUGGGACUAUUGUGUCGGUCAGGACAGGCGCUUCUACAGUGAGAGGUGCAACGGACUGCGGCCUGCAGGUAAAUCGCAGCUAACAGACCUGCAUCCUCCUCGUGUCAUCCCCGACGGAUGUUACGACUGUGGCGACGGUUUCUACGACCCCCUCACACGGGUCAUCACGUCUUACUCAGGAGGAUUUCUCAGGAAUGCCGGGCUGCUUGUCUUUCAGAUGUCGAUCCACUUGGUUUCCUCUUGUUUGUGUGUCGUGUGCUUGAUGGCCACUUGCUCCUGAUUUGAAGUCAAUGUCUUUUCUCAUUGGAGGUUUUGUUGGAGGUACAGGUUGUGUUGUGCUUCAUGUUAUCAUUACCUUUGUUUGCGAGUCUCAUGAAAUAUACAUUAAAUAUAUUAAUAAAUACACAGAAAUGAUGCAAUACAUCUGUAAUAAUAAUAAUAAUAACAAUAACUAUUGUUGUUGUUGUUGUUGUUGUUGUUGUUGUUAUUAUUAUUAUUAUUAUUAUUAUUAUUAUUAUUUUACUGUUAUUAUUAUUAUUAUUAUUAUUAUUAUUAUUAUUAUUAUUAUUAUUAUUAUUGUAUAAACAAUUUGGGUCUCAGCACUGAGCCAUGCGGCCUGGCACACGUUUACAUGACCAACAAGAAUACAGUGUAUUGUACUUCCAUGUAUCUGGCUUUGAAAGCGCUGCAUAUUAUAGGGUCAAAACAAAAACAAAAGCUUGCAUGCGAGCUGUUCAAGUCUCAUCAUGUCAAUUUCAUUUCUUUUUUAUUCAUCAGAAUGGUGAAUGAAGUGAUGAACCAUCUGCUGAUGAACAAACUAGGCGGUGGUUAGAAUUAGAUUUCAAAUCAAUGACACAAACAAUUCGCAGCAACAAAGGAGAAAGAAGGCAGAGACCGCACAGGACAUGCAACACAACACAUUUUUGGCAACUUCCAACUCUCUGUUUGGCAUCACUGAAGCUCCGUCAGAACAAUAGCAGCUGGCCUACCGUCAUAGAUGCCUAAAAUAUCACCGUUUCAUCUUUUAUCAUCACUGCCGACGAUUUAAUUGCUCAAUUUUCUGUAAUUACAGUUGUGUACUGGAUUUACCGCGAUUGAUGGAAUGUUUUCUUGUUACCUCGACACUGUGAUGUGUCACACCGGCAGCUGCCGCGCAAACAGCUUCAAAAACCUUCAGAAUCUUUAAGAUAGUUUCUGAAUAAAUCACCCUGGUUAGAAGAAAAUGCUGCUUUGCUUCUCCAGCUUUCCAGGUCCACUUCUUCAUGCACGCCGACGUGUCGCCGGAGGCCCAGGAAAUCAGAUCAGAUUCUUCAAAUGCAUUUUUAGGUCACAGAGCAUGCGCUUCCAUCUGUAGGAAAAUAAUUUUCUCAGAAAUAUUUGAUGAACUUCAGUAAAUGAAGCGUUAAAGCGCGACUGUUUCCUUGUCAUUAUACACCCAUGUAUUGUUCCAAUAAAGUGUCAAAGGUUACAAUCCCGGUUCUGUUGAUCCCCUGAAAUAUCAUACACUCACUGCAAACCCGGGAAAUGAAAAACAGUCCAUCAAAUGACGAUUGUGUCGACUUCACUGCUGAGGCUAAUGGAGGUCAACUGGGACGUUGAGGCCAUGAAUGGCUUAAAUAAUGACCUUUUUACUCUGGCAAACACUGGCGUGAAUGUUUGCAUGGCAGCUGUUGGCGGAGCCUGAUCAGUUCAAUUGACCUGCGGGUCUGAGCAGGUAGGAAGAAAGAGGGAAAAAGGGCCGUGUUUAACUUGAAGUGGCUGUUAGUUGGUGCCCAGCGCUGGCAAUUACACACAAUCAGUCAGGCGAAGCCGCAGGACCCGCACUUGCGCACAAAGGAGCGCCUGCGCCGCGCAACCUGGGGGAGAUCCCGCUCAAGUGCGUGCAGCUGCGCGUGCGGCACCAGAGCGAUGACUUCCCCUGCAAUUAGCUCCUCAUUUCGGCUUGAACAAUGAGCAACGGCUUUAUUAUCGGCGGCUCUGCGACUCCUUUGGAUGCAGAAAGUGUCAGUUCUUCUGCGGGGUUAGUAUUUACUGCCGUCUCGAGUGGCUGCCACAAGUUAUUUUCUCCUAAUUGUCAGGCUCUUUUUUAUUUGGAUUUGACAAAUUUAGCCGUCACGUGAAUGGCCCUUCAUAACCUUCGCCUUAAUUGUGGCGCUUUAUCGUUUUUGUGUCGCCGCCGUGCAUUUUUACGAUUCAAAGCAGACGUCUUCACCGUUGUUCCUGACGUUUCAGACGACGCUGAGCAUGACUGGAUCUUACGGACCUGUCGACUAGCGGACCUUCAUCCGGGGAAACGACCCAAACCUUCUUCCAGUCGACAAUAAAAGAAAAGUAACCUCAAUUAAACAUGUGAAAACAGACGGCUUGUGUUCAAUUAUUUUAUUUUUUUUGGGCGAAAAUUCAAUUUGUUGUAUUUAUUGAGCUAAACCAGAGGUGGGAAAUUAAAUUUCCUAAAGGGCCACAUUAGAAACUGUAACGGUUGUGAGGGGCCACCAUCAAAAGAAAGACAGCGAUGACUACAAAACAUGAUGGAAAAAUAUCCAAAAUAUAUGCAUAAGUAACAAGGACAAAAUGAACCUAAGACGAUUAAAUCUAUUAACAACCAUAAAUAUGCCAUGAAACUUACUGAAAUAUUUCAUUUUAUACGCACUUAAUUUGAAUAUAAAUCAGCUAUGGACUAGACUUUCAAGAUAAAAAGGCAAUUUAUUUCAAAAUAUAUUUUCAGCAUUACUUCGUAUUUUAUUUUGAGGAACAAGGAAAACACAAAAAUUGCCAAGGCCUCAAAGCAAAAACAUAUAUUUACUGCAGAAGUGGUGGUGGUGACUAAAAGAGAACAAACAAAAAAGUUUUGUCUGACAUCAAACGGGCCACAAAAAUACAGGCAUCCGGCCGCAUAUGGGCCCCAGGCCACACUUUACCUAGCUGUGAGCUAAACUAUAUGACUUCUUUUUUGUUUGUUUGUUUGUUUUCGUAAAAUGGUUGGUUGAGCACGUUUGUGUCAAGCAGCCAAUCUGGUUUCCUCGAGUGGUUUAUCGCCCCAUUUAUGCUCAACGUGACGUACAGACCCGGAUACGGACGGAGGCUUCUGUCCGUGCUCUGCUGUAUUUCUGCAUGUUUCCACCAAGCUUAUGAAUACGGACCAAACAGAGCAGUACCCCCCGAAAACCGUGGUGGUCAGUGUUUCUUUUACUAGCCCUAAUGACACACAAAGAAGACAUAGCAAUGGCGGAAGGCUGUCGCCUCCCUGAACGUAGCCUCCGUUUUGUCUUUUGUGCGAGGUGUACAUUACUCUGCACUCCCAUACAUUACAUUACUCCAUCCUUUGUGUGAAAUAGUGUCAGAAGUAGGAUAGCCCACCGAUCCCACCCAAAUAGUAGCCACUGUGACUGAUCAUAUCUGAAAGACCAACGUGUGUGUGACGGAUUCUAAAGACAGUGAAGCCAGUGACUGAUGGCAUUGCAUGAGUCAUACCAUGAAAAAUACCUGCUGUCUUGCUGACUUUUAUGACAAGUGCACCAUACAAAAAAAAAGACAAUGAAAAGGAGUGAAGAACAGUUCUGACCAUUUCUGGCCUUUAAUCCCACUUUUCUUACUUCAUAGCGCUGUGUUUGUGUAUAACUGUGUGUAAACUUGUGGAGACAUGUUUGUACUUUAAAAAAAAAAACAUUUCAUUGGAAUUCUUUUUUUCCUGUUUUUCCCAUCUUGUGUCAGAUUGAAUUACUAAAUUUUAUUCCUUUGCAUAGAGGGAGCGAGGGA